AUGCAAAUUGUUAAUAUUUUACUCAUCGUUAGUUUCUGCAGUGCAAUACUAGCAGAUAAUUCAUGUAUUUUUGAACAUCCAACCAAAGGUAUUAUUAAUCUAUCAUCAAUUGGUUUACGAAAUGGUCAACCUCGUUUUCGAGAUUUAUCAUCUCCCUCAAGUUCUUAUUAUAUGUAUUCAUUCAAUCCAUGUUAUUCAUUUACAGAAAAUAGUUGUUAUAAUGCAGCUGUAUGUCAAAUAUCGUCCGAUCGAAAACAUUCAUUUACAUUAGGAACACAAGGUGUCUCGACAUGGACGUUGGACUCAGACGUGACACCUGUUCUUACAUAUACUUAUGGUGAAAAUACAGUUUCUAUAACAAUGAUUUGUUCGACGGUUGUUGAAGAUGAAUUUGAAAUACUUGGUGAAUAUACUGUUAAUCAUUAUUCCAUGCAUUUACGAUCACGCUGUGCUUGUUGGAAUGGAUGUACUAGCCCACAAACGAGCACUAGUACUUCUAGAACAUCACCAACGACAACACGUUCGAUAUAUUACGAUGCAUGCCACUAUCAUGAUUCUCAAUAUGGUACAAUUGAUUUAUCAUCAAUUGGUAGCAUGACAGGUCCACCAAUAUUCAAAGAUGUAGAAUCAAUAUUUCCAAAUAAUUUUGUCUGGUCUUAUAAUCCAUGUUAUAAAUUUUCUGAAGAUAGUUGUCAAAAUGUAGCCGGAUGUCAAAUUGAUAAAACUCGUCAUAUUAGUUAUACAAUCGGAUUACAAGAAAAUGCUUAUUGGAUAAAUAUGAAUAAUACACAAAAUCUUGUUCCAGCCAUUGUCUAUCCAUCAUCAUCAUCCAAUCGACGUUUAACUGUACAACUUAUUUGUAAUCCAUCAUUAUCAUCUCAUCGUCUUCAAGUACUUGGUGAAACAUCUGUUGGUAAAUAUGUCAUGGAAUUAACAAGUCCUUGUGCAUGUUGGGAUGGAUGUACUACACCAAUACCACCUCGAGUACCGUUUAGAUGGAGAUUUUGGAUGAUUGCGAGUGCUGUACUAGUGGUGGUGUUUUUACUAUUUCUUAUGAUGAUCACUUGUUUGUUUUGUUCAAAACCAAAGCGAAACCAUCCUAUAAUAGUAUUCGAUGAGAAAACACCAAUUAUCAAAGGUGUUGUCAAUUAUCAUCAAUAA